AUGUCUACACAAAAUAGUGAAAGAAUUGAAGAUUUAAUUCGCUGCUUUUUAUUCGCAAAAAUUUUAGUUCCUAACCUCAAAAACAUUUGGAUAACAAUCAUAUCAAUACUCAAAGAAAAACAUCAUUUGUUGUCUGAAGCUUUUAUUGUUGAAUUGUUUUCAAUUUUGUUUACAAGCACAAAAAAGCCGUAUUUCAUGAAUUUUUUGUAUGAUGUUGACAUUUGGUAUUUGUAUGGAAAGACGCUGUUGAAAGCGAUCAACAGUAAUUUGAACACUUUAAUCAAUCGUUUCAAGAUAAAGAAAACAAUUUUGGCAUCAAUUUUGUCAUCAGUUUACAAAAUAAUUCCUGACAAAGUUUUGAUCAUCAAAUAUUUAUUAAAAUUCGCAAAACAAACAGAAUCAAAUGUGUUUUUAUCACAUGCAUUUAAUUUGUUCGCUUCAGCUGAUCUGGAGAAAAGAGAUGUCAUCAAAACAAUCAACUUCUUUUUGACGAAAAACAACAAAUUCACAUUGAUCACAGAAAUUUUUACUUUCGAUGAAAUUGUUGAUGUGAUGGCAAAUUUGUCAAAAAGUGACAUGAUCAUUGAUCUUCUUAAAAUGAUAACAUUAUUAUCGACAAUGAAAACAGGAUACAUCACGAAUCCAGCUAGAUUAUCUUUACCUUUAAUUCCGCAUUUGAUGUAUCACAAAGUUUGGAUUUCUCUUUUCCAAAUUGCAACAGGAAGAAAACCGUUAGACGAUAAAAGUGACACCCCAAUUAUCUCAUUUUCUGACAAGUUCUUAGUCAAUGAACAAAUCUUGCCGCUUAUUGUUUCUUUGAUUGGAUUUAGUUUCAUUAGUUUAGCGAUCAUUUAUACUGAUGAAAACAAAGAUAAAAAUGAAGUUAAAAAACUUGAAGAUGAAUUAAAAGAAUCAAUAACUGUUAUAUCGAAUUUCGGAAGAUAUAAUAAUCAACUAUUUCUUUCUCACGAUUUAUUUGAUUUCAUUUUAUUCUUCACACCUUUAUUUUAUGAUCCUUCCGAAUUGUUUUCUGAUCAAAUUUCUAUUUUAUCACAGAUAGAUAAAAUAACAACAUCAGAACCAAAUAUGAAAUCCAUCUUCAAUAUAUGGAGUUUUUCACAGGAUUUCUACCAAAUCUGGAUGAAAAAUAGAAUCGGUUCUCCUCCAAUUUUCACAUUCACUUUCAUUGCUUUCUUUGCACCACUUGUUUCUUUUUACGCUCCAGCAAUCAAAUUCCCAUUAUCUAAAUUUGAAAAAUUCCCAGAGUUUUUGAUUGCUAAAGUAAGUGAAGUAUCAAAUUUCUUGAUCCUGUUUCUGGCGAGUUCAUUGAAUGAUCUCGAGAAUUUUAAGAAAUUAUUUGAUACUAUCGUUUUCACUUCACCUUACAAAAAACUUGAAGGAUACAGUAAAUUCGCAGUUACUUUAAUUGUGAAUUUCCUCACAAAAAGGGAUAUUUAUUUAUCACCUUUAGAAUCAUUAGAAUAUUUAUUCAAAUCCAUUGCUUUGGAACUCAAAGAAAGAACAUUUGGAGAUGACAACAAACUAAUUAUUACUUCAUGUUUGACAUCUUUAAAUGCACUUUCAAACGCGAUGCAGAAAACAGAUUUUAUCAGACUCACAUUUGCAACAAGACAAAUUUUGGCUUUGACAUUUGAUGUUUGUAAAAUUACUGAAAUUUCAGGAAUUACGAAUCUAUUGGCUGCUACUCCAGGUUUCUUGUAUAACUUCAGAGUUUUUGAUGAUUUCACUUUUUCUGGUGGAUUUCUCAUAAAAAUGGCGAAUUCUUUACAAGAUGAUGAUCAAAUAUCAUCAAAAUUCUUUGAUGAAUUUGUUGAUAAAAUAAUUUUAUCUGAUGCUUAUUUGAAACAAUUCAACGUGAAAUUUGAUGAAGAAGAAUUCUAUAAUUUGAUGAGAUUCAUCAAUGGUGUCAAAGUGUUGAUAAACAGAGGUAAGAAUGGUUACUAUAACUGGAUUAGUUCUAACCAAGAAGUUUACGCUUCAAUGACAGAAAUUUUGGAGAAUAUGAACAAAACAUUUUUGGGUGAAAUUGAAAAUGAUCGAGAGAUUGUUUUUAAUAACACCAAUAUUUCUGAAAAAAUCAGAGAAAUGUCAUCGAAUUUGCAAAAUCAAACAAAUAAGACACAAAGUAAGAAGUUUUAUUUGGCAAAUUCAAUUGAAUUCCUUCAGGUUUCUUUCUUGAAUGUAAUGUUAAGAAUCACUGAAACAAAUAUGUCCAAAGAGUUCAUUAAACACAACAAAUUAUUUGGACAAUCAAUUGAAUAUUUCCAUCCAAAAUCUUACAGAUUGUCACAGACAAAAUUACCUGUUUUAAACUCCAGAAUCAUGGCUCCUUCUAACUACGAAUUACCUCAUGUAGAAUUCUCUCAACAAAGUGAUACAAGUGAUGAAGAAAAAUCAACUGAAAUUGCUCAAAAUUCUGAAGAAAAUGAAAUGGCAAAUCAAAAUGAGAACAAUGAUGAAGAUUCUCAGCAGAAUAAAGAGAAUGAAGAAGAUUCCAAGCCAAAUGAAGAAAAUUUAAAUAAAAAUGAAGAUGAAAAUGAUAAUAUUGAAGAGAAUCCUUCUCAAGAUAAACAGAAUGAACGAGAUAAUGCAGAGAUCUCGAAUGAACUAGGACAUACAGAAACUUCAAAUAUAACAGAAGAAAUUUCUGUGAAAGAUGAAAAAUCAGAUGAAAACAAUGAAGACGAAGAAAAUGAUUCGCAGAUACAUGUUGAAAAUGAAGAAAAACAUGUUAAUGAAGAUGUUCCAAUAGAAACAGAUGAAGAAAUUUGUCAAAAUCCAAUUGGAAUCAAUGAUUUAGUUGAUUGUUUCCAGAGAAAUUUGAUGAAUAUGUUCACUUUUGUUUCAAACAAAAAGUUUUUACCUACAACUUAUUCAGGACAAACAGUUGAUGAUAAUCUCUUGAAUUACAUCAAUUUCAGUUUCGUAACAACAGAAGAUAAAGAGAGUUUCAUAUCCAAAUUCAAUGCAAAACUUUUGUAUUACACAUUCUCAAUUGAUUCAGCAGUUUUCCAACUGAAAUCAAAGAUAUUAAUACUUCUCAAUGCAAAUCUGACUCAAAACAACGAACUUAUUUUAGAAAAAUCAUCCAAAAAUGACUCUUUGUUUGAGAAAUUAUCUCAAUCUAUUUUCGACCUUUCAUUAGGAAACUUCACUUUGUUUGCAGGCCACUUCUUGUUGGAAAUUCCGAUUUCUUCCAUCAUUUAUUCCCAGAAACAUUUGAUCAAUCACAAGCAAAACGGAAUUUUGUUCUCAACACUUCAAACAGGUGACAUCAUUUUGUAUACAAACGAUAACGGUUUCCCUUCUCAAUUUUUGAAUAUUUUCAAUAUAGAAAAUGACGGUUAUUUACUUCACAAUUUACAAUUGAGCGAAGCAAGUAAUUUAUGGUCGAAUGGAACAUUGAAUAAUUUUGAGUAUUUGAGUCUUUUGAAUGCAUUUUCCGGACGAAGUUUCGUUGAUUUAGCACAAUAUCCCGUUUUUCCAUGGGUUAUUGCAGAUUAUGAAUCAAAAUUAUAUCCACAGAAAAGGAGGAAUUUAGAGAAAGUUAUGGGCCAGUUAUCAGAAGAAAGAGCAAAGAUAUUUGAUGUUUCUUUCCAGACACAAGGUUACUACUAUGGUUGUCAUUAUUCGAUGCCCGCAUCGGUUCAUUAUUUCCUAUUCAGGAUUCCUCCAUUUUUGUUUUUCGAAUGGGAUUUGCAUGGAGGCUGGGAUAACAAAGAUAGAAUGUUCUUUGAUAUAGAAAGAAGUUGGAUUAGCUCUUCAGUUGAAAAUACAAAUGAUGUCAAAGAGCUUUUACCAGAAUUUUAUUCAAUUCCUGAUUUCUUGACUGAUAAAAAUGAAAUUAAAAUCGAAAAAGUGACACUUCCUCCAUAUUCAUCUAAUCCUGUUCAUUUCAUUAUGAUCCAACGUGAAGAACUCGAGAAGGCGAAGAUAGAGAACGGGAUUGAUUUAAUUUUUGGAUUCAAACAAACAGGAACUGCGGCAAUUCAAGCUCAAAAUGUUUUUAUGCCAACUUUGUAUCAUAACUAUGUAAUGAAAGAAGAUGUUGAUCCAGAGACAAUCAGUUUGCAACUAGAAAACUGGGGACAGUGUCCUAUCCAGUUGUUUAAGAAGAAACAUCAAUCAAAAACUAGUUUAAUCGAAAAUCCUUCUGAGAAUUUUGAUGUUUUCGAAAACAAUUCUAUUUUUUCGAAUUUAAUUUGUUACAUUAACAAAGAACAGUUUUAUAGAGUUGACAAAGGAAAUAUGUCAAUUGUUAAUGAAUCAAAUUUGAUCAUUACUGACAAAAUGUUAUGUUUCGCAACAAAAAUUGAUGUUUCUUCUAAUGAAUGUUUCUGUGUUGUUGAUUUUUCAAAUGGAUUUAGUAGAGUUUAUCGUCUUCAAAGUGGUUUAGGAUCAGAAAAAUUCCCACUUUUCCCACAUGAUUCGAAUGGUUUUUCGAAGGUAAAUGGUCAAGAUUUAAUUGCUGGAACAACUGAGAAUGAAAAGAAUUUGAUCCUUUGGGACUUCGUACGCGGAAGAAUUCUUAGGGUUUUGAAGUUUGAUGAGAAAAUUAUUGAUUUCUGUUUCGAUGAAUACUAA